GUGCGACGGUCUGCACUGCCUACGGCGCGUCGUCCACAUCAUUACCGCUCCUCGCUCACCAAGGCGUUUCUUCUGCCGCGUCUGUCCCUUCCUCAGCUUCUGCCGCUUCUACCACUUCUGCCCCUUCCGCCAGGCCCCUGGUUUGGAAGGGGAAGACAUUUUUGAAAUACUCUGUCAAACUGCGCCCCACCAUGCUCAAGGGGAAAUUAGUCGGUGACGCAGGAGCUUCGGGGAAAAUCGUGUACAAGGGAGUGAGCCACUGCCCUGCCCCUCAAGGGAGUGAGGUAAGCCACUGCCCUGCCCCUCAAGGGAGUGAGGUAAGCCACUGCCCUGCCCCUCAAGGGAGUGAGGUAAGCCACUGCCCUGCCCCUCAAGGGAGUGAGGUAAGCCACUGCCCUGCCCCUCAAGGGAGUGAGGUAAGCCACUGCCCUGCCCCUCAAGGGAGUGAGGUAAGCCACUGCCCUGCCCCUCAAGGGAGUGAGGUAAGCCACUGCCCUGCCCCUCAAGGGAGUGAGGUAAGCCACUGCCCUGCCCCUCAAGGGAGUGAGGUAAGCCACUGCCCUGCCCCUCAAGGGAGUGAGGUAAGCCACUGCCCUGCCCCUCAAGGGAGUGAGGUAAGCCACUGCCCUGCCCCUCAAGGGAGUGAGGUAAGCCACUGCCCUGCCCCUCAAGGGAGUGAGGUAAGCCACUGCCCUGCCCCUCAAGGGAGUGAGGUAAGCCACUGCCCUGCCCCUCAAGGGAGUGAGGUAAGCCACUGCCCUGCCCCUCAAGGGAGUGAGGUAAGCCACUGCCCUGCCCCUCAAGGGAGUGAGGUAAGCCACUGCCCUGCCCCUCAAGGGAGUGAGGUAAGCCACUGCCCUGCCCCUCAAGGGAGUGAGGUAAGCCACUGCCCUGCCCCUCAAGGGAGUGAGGUAAGCCACUGCCCUGCCCCUCAAGGGAGUGAGGUAAGCCACUGCCCUGCCCCCUGCUCCACUUUUCCCCUCUGGCGCUGGCACGAGUCUGUGGGCCCACUCUGGCCCUUGUGA